AUGCUUUUACUGGAUGUGGAGAUGCGAUUUUCAAACUCCCCCUUCAAACUUUUGCUUGUGGGAGGAUUCUCUCUUUCGCCUUUCCUUCAGAGUGAGAUCAUACGUGUAUUUCGCAAUACGGCCAUUAUCGUAGACCGUCAACAUGCCUUGACGAGUGUCGUCCGUGGUGCGAUUGCAUGGGGUAGUGGUAACGUUAACCUGAGAAGCCUGCGCAGUCCAUGCCACUUCGGCUUCGCAACUGUGAACCCACUCGGUUUGGUUCUUCAAGAAAACAUUUCUCUCAUGAACGCAACUCCGGACUUUGGUUUCCAGAACGGGCCAAUUAAUUGGAUUGUGAAAAAGGGAGAUCGCUUGCGAUUGAAUGCAAGGAUCGAACUCGGAGGUACUUUGAUCCACCAAGAGGGAGACUUCCCCAUCAAAGUCAUCGAUAUCUUUAACUCAGGCAGAGAUGAUCCCCCACCGCGGUCGGUGAGCAAGGUUCUUCGAGGAUUGCCGCUCUGGCAGUCGACAUUUCGGGAGUAG